GGAGGCAGCGACCCGAGGUGUGAGAGAGAGGGUCCGAGAUCGGAUAUCAGUUCAUCUGGAUCAGAAGUCUGAAGGUUUGAACAGGCCAAUGAGUAUUGUCAUCAUCGAGGCAUUUUAUGGAGGCUCCCAUCGACAACUGGUAGAGCUGCUCCAAGAAGAAUUAGAUGACUGUGUGUUGUACACUCUUCCUGCAAAGAAAUGGCACUGGAGAGCUCGCACAGCAGCCUUACACUUCUCACAGAGUAUUCCCAGCAGUGAGCACUACAGGACCCUCUUUGCAAGCUCAGUACUCAACCUGACUGAACUGGCUGCGCUUCGGCCUGAUCUGGGAAAAUUGAAAAAGAUCUUGUACUUCCAUGAAAACCAGUUGGUAUAUCCUGUCAAGAAAUAUCAGGAGAGAGAUUUUCAAUAUGGAUACAACCAAAUUCUCUCAUGUUUGGUGGCUGAUGUUGUGGUAUUCAAUUCCAGUUUUAAUAUGGAAUCAUUUCUUACGUCUAUUGGAAAAUUCCUGAAGUUGAUUCCUGAUCACAGGCCUAAGGAUCUGGAAAGCAUUAUCAGACCCAAGUGUCAAGUUAUUUAUUUUCCCAUCAGAUUUCCUGAUGUGAGCAGAUUCAUGCCCAAGCACAAAAUAGCCCACUUAAGGAGGGUGCUCAGCCUUAUUGAAAAUGAUGCUGCAGCUCUGUCUGUGACGCUUCAUCCCCAGCCAGAGCAGAGGGUUUCUAAGAAGUUACUGGAGAAUUGCGAAUCAAAGUCUGAUGAACACCCUGACCUUGAUGCUGAACAAGAAACCCUGGACAACCCAUCAAUCCAUAAAUCAGGCUCUCUCCCUGUGAGUAAAGAAAACCUGCCUCUUGCUCCCAGCACCCUUCUGUGUGGAGCUGAAGAUCAGCAAAGACCACUGCACAUUACAUGGCCGCACAGGUGGGAGCAUGACAAAGAUCCAGAGACGUUUUUAAAGAUAUUAAUGAAUCUAAAGGAAUUAAAGUUCAAUUUCCAUGUUUCUGUCCUUGGAGAAACUUUUACAGACAUACCAGAUAUAUUUUCAGAAGCCAAAAAGGCACUGGGUUCUUCGGUCUUGCACUGGGGCUACUUACCCCGUAAAGAAGACUACUUCCGAGUACUGUGCAUGGCUGACGUUGUCAUCUCAACAGCCAAGCACGAAUUCUUUGGAGUAGCAAUGUUGGAAGCUGUGUACUGUGGCUGCUACCCACUCUGUCCCAAAGACUUGGUUUAUCCUGAAAUCUUUCCAGCUGAGUAUCUGUAUUCUACACCUGAACAGCUUUCAAAAAGGCUCAAGAGUUUCUGCAAGAGACCAGAUAUUAUAAGAAAACAUCUUUAUAAGGGUGAAGUGGCUCCAUUUUCUUGGGCAGCCCUACAUGGUAAAUUCAGGUCUCUGCUCACAACAGAACCCAGGGAAGAUUUGUGACAGAUGGGGCUAAGUCGCAAACUUGCAGCCUAAGGCAGAAUCUGAAGAACUUUCCAGAGUGUGCCCAUAUUUACCUGAUCAGAGAGAAAAGAAAAUCUGCAGAGGAAGCCGAGCCUGGCUGCUUGUCAUAGCUGACACAGAGCCAUCUGCCACAAACCUGUGGCGGCUUCAGAUCUCCAAUCCCUGCCACCACCCCAACUCAAAUUAAAUACAGAUUCCUAGAGACGUUAUGAUGGUUACACAUGUCCUCGGCAUCACAUGUAGGAGACUGUUCAAAAAAAAAUCUGUGGCCUGUUGUAUAACCGCACUCAUGUAUCCCAUAUGUGGUGCCACAUUGAAUUUCCGGUUGAAUCCGUUUUUAUCCUUUGUACUGGAUGACAUGGUGCCUGAAUUCUUUCUUUCUGCCGACACGAUGGCAGCCAAACUGCAGCUUCAAACACUCACACUUGGCUGGGUUUCUACCUGGGUUGCCAGGUUAUCAUCGGAGCCUUCUUGUGUCCUCAAAGGGCCACGGGGCCUCGAAAGAGGAUCAGAAUGUUACUGAACUAAUUGGGCAGCCAUCUCAAAGCUGCUGUAGGCAAAGGGCUGCUUUAGCACUUUUCUUUUAGCAAAUUAAUGACUCUCUGGCAAAGGAGUUUUUAAGUGAAGGUAUUAAUAAGGGGUCUGGCAGGUAUUCCCAUGAUUCAGAGAGUUUCAUUUGCAUUUAAUUAAUCUUAAAGAAACUUGCAAGAUAAACAGCUGUAAUUCGGACAAACAUGGCAGAUUCAGUGAGUGAAGUCCUCUCAUCCAUAAAAUGAACACGAGAUACUUGUUUUAAAAAUUUUUCCCCGUGGGUAAAAAUAGAAAAAUCAGAAUGCUUAUAACAAAACAUAAUUUGGUACAAAAUUCUUCAAAAAUACUGCAUCCGACUAUAGAUAUAUAGUGGCUUCUUGAGAUAAGUCACUUAUGAUUCUUGUAGUUAAGCUGCUCUGUUUGUUGGUGUAAAGAUGUUUUAAAUGGCUGGAUUGUAAAAUACAUUUUUAAUAAACUGCCCGCUGCAAUUUUAAUUAGCAUA